AUGUUUUUUCGAAACAGCAACAACGUCGCACCAGCGGAAACCAUGGCAGACGAAGCACCAGCGAGGCGAUGGCCUUCGCUCGAUUGUUACGGUUUUGCGAUCGCUCCAAAUCCUUGGGGCUCCACGGUUCGAAUUAUUAGGUUCCUGCGUCCUAUUAGCACGCAAGCCCUAGCACUAGCAUAGCCUUCUUACCAUCUUCACAGAGUUACGAUCUUGUCCCAAUUUUCUCAAGCAGAAAGCGCCUAGCCUACUAGCCUGGAAGUAGCCUAGAAGUAAAGACUUGGCUCAAGGAGCCUACUGGCCAUCUCGUUAGGAGCUAA